AUGGACUUCAACCGAACCGGCAUGACAUUCAACGGCAUGGCUGGCGCUGGCAACAACCAAGGCCAGGCCCAAGCCCCGGGCCAGUCGUCUAACACCACCCAGCCCGUCGGGCGUUGGGGGUCCCCUGUGGGGUUUUUUGGGGUGGUGGUGAAGGUACUAACUGAGUGCAGGCAGCAGCAACAGCAGCAACAGCCGAACCAGAGCCAGAUGGACCCGAGUGGGCUGCUGGGGAUGCUGCCGAACCAGGGUGCCGCGAGUAGCCAGUUUAUGAGCGGGGCCGGUGGUGCUGGCGCGAAUGCUGGUGCUGGUGCGAACGAUACUAAUAAUUUCAAUAUUCAGAUGAUGCGGAAUGCUGCUGCUACCGCUGGUGGAGGUGCUGGUGCCGGUGCUACGGGCAUGGAAAUGACUCCGCAAAUGCAGGCUGCUUUUAAACAGUUUAUUCAGCAACAACAGCAACAACAACAGCAGCAGCAGCAGCAACAGCAGAAUCAGGGUCAGAACCAGGGUCAGAACCCGACGGCACAGCAGCUUCAACAACAGUUUCAGCAACAACAGCAGCAGAAAAAUGGACAGUUUCAACAGCACAAACUGCAGGGACAGGUUCAGAAUGCGCUUAAUAGCGGAGCCAAUGUCAACUCAGCAGCUGCUCAGCGGACUCAGCAGCAACAGCAGCAGUUUUUCCGCCAGCAACAGCAGUAUAAUCAACAGCAGCAACAACAACAGCAACAACAGCAGCAACAGGGUCAAGGUCAGCAGCAGCAACAGCCUCAACAACAACAGCAGCUUCAGAAUAUGUAUCAGACUUUGCGAGGAGCUAAUGGUGGAGGUCCAGGUCAGGUACAAGGUCAAGUGCCCCAGAACCAGAAUCAGGGUCAAUUACCAACUACCACAGGUCCUGGUGCUAAUCCAUUAGCCAUGACUCGAGAACAGCAGUUUCAGUUUCUGGCGAUGCAAAGACAGCAGCAACAACAACAGCAGCAAGCCCAGGCUCAAGCUCAAGCUCAAGCUCAAGCUCAACAGAAUCAGAAUCUCAAUAGAUCUCCACAGGUAAAUAUUGGCAAUGGUCAGACUGUGAACCCAAUGACUCAGCAAAAUAUCGCUGGAGCUGCUAGUGCUGGUGCUGGAAUUCCUGGGGCGGGUUUAGGAGUUAACGGUGGUGGUGGUGCUGCUACUGGAGUUGCACCAAAUACAGGAGCUCCUCCUAAUGCUGUGAAUGCAGCUGCUAUUCUAGGACCCAAUGCCAUGAAAACUGCUGAAAUCCCACAAGCUCUCUUAAAUCGGAUUCCUGGGUUGCCUCCAAAUGUCAAUACUUGGUUACAGAUUACAGAACUGCUACGGAAUGGACAAUUGCCAAAGAGUAUCAUGCCCGAGAUUCGAUAUGUUCAUGGAAUGCAUCAGAAAUGGCUGAUUCAUGUCAAGAACAAGCAAUUACAGGCACAAGCUGCUGCUGCUAAUGGAGGUGCUGGUGCUGGUCCAGCGGGACAGAGACAGAUUCCUGGUGCCACGACCACGGGAGUUCCUAGUGGUACUGGUCUUGGAGCCACUGCGGCUAAUGGAAACCCUGCAGCAGCCGGUGCUGGUGGUCAAAUGGGACUUGGUGCAAAUCAACAGUUGUCUACAGCAGAUGCUAUGAUGAGCCAGUUGGGACAAUUAAACCGCAAUUAUCCAGGACAGCCCAGUUCUCAGACGUUGGGAAUGCAAAAUCCUGCUAAUGCUGCUGCAGUAGCAGCUAAUCAAGCCCAGCUUCGCAAGACUGAAUUACAACAGCAACAACUUCUACAAACUCAACCACAACAGAAUCAGGGUCAACAACAGCAACAGCAACAAGCCCAGCAACAACAGCCAUCUCUUCAGCAACAGCAGUACUUUUUGGCUGCUCAAGCCCAAGCAAGAGCUGCUAGAGCUAAGAACUCGGUCGCGUCAAAUGUGACUAAUGCUGCUAAACCAGCAAUGAUUAAUGCCCAACAAUCUCCUAAUCAAAUGUUUGCUAACCUUCCAAAGGCUGCAGGUGCUGCUACCAGCAGUGGUCCAGGCGGCUCUGUGGGCUCUGUUGCAGGAUCUGGUGCAACUGGUGCUGGUAACCAGUUUCAACAAUGGGAUCCUAAUAAUGCCAAUUUCAAUCGACCACAGGUAUCUCCUCAGAUGACUCAAAUGUCUCCACAGCAACAUCAACAACAGUUGUUUCAAAAUCAACUGGACUUUUCUGGUGGUGCUGCUGGAGUGGGUAAUAAUGCAGGAGGUGCUACUGGUGUAGCUGGAACUGUAGUACCCAAUGCACCUGCUCCAGUUCUUGGUCCAGGAGUCGCACCUGGAUUGGCGGUAGCAGGUGGUGCUACGGGAGCACCUCAACAACGAGCGCAAAUGCCUCAACAGCGAGAUGCCGACCGAAUGAAACUGCGACAGAUUUUUGAAGAAGCAGCUAAUAUUCCCAUUCGACUACAGAAUUUCACUGACACAUUGUCUGCUGAAGAGAAACGCCAAGUAGCUGAGCAGAUUAAACUUAUGAUUCAUAUGUACCAGAAGAUUGACCAGUUGGUGCCACUGUUCUAUUUCAUAACCAAGAACGAGAAUGCCACGAGAAGGCUGAUUCAACUCAAGUUUAUGUAUAAAGAGCAGAUGGAAGCGUUACAAAAGGGUAUCUACAUGACGAGUCCACAGAUUCUGGAAAAGACCAAACUCGAAAUUAACCGAUACUUUUUCUUUGUUCGUGACAAUUUACAGAACCCUCAAAGACAGCAAGGACUGGCUCAACGACAGCAGCAACAGCAGCAGCAACAACAACAACAACAACAACAGCAGCAGCAACAACAACAGCAACAGCAGCAUCAGCAACAACAACAGCAACUUCAGAAAGGGCUUAUUCCAGGGCAAAUUGGUACUCAAUUGCCUGGUCAAGUGCAAGCUCCAGGUGCAGGUGCUGGUGGUGCUGGCGCAGGUGGUCUUAUGAACCAGAUUCCUGGACAAGCCAACGCAAGUGCAGCAGCCAAUUCAAUGGAUCCACAACAAAUGUUUGUUGCUCAGAACUUUGGUGGUUCUAUGAACGCAAAUCUCCAGCAGCAACUUCCACAGCAGUCUGUUGAUGUUAACCAGUUUGCUCAAGGUAAUCUUAUGAACCAACAGAACAACCUUGGUCCAGCCGGUUUGCAGCAGCAACAGCAUCUACAGCCACAACUCCAGCAACAACAACAACAACAGCAUUCAUUCGUGAACCAACCAGUUAAUCAGUCACCACAAAUGACCAAAAAGGAACUUGCAGCAGCAGCUAGAAAGAAGCAAGCAUCUACUGCUACAGCAGCUACCACGGGUGCCCCAGUCACAACGACGAUGGGACCCACUGGACCAGGUGCUGCUGUUGCUGGUGCCAAUGCUGGCAAUUAUCAAGCUCCUGGGGCUGUUCAUACCCCAUCUGGCGUUCCUGCUUAUGUUAAACCUGGUCUUACUCAAGACCAACUCAAACUACCUGGACCAGGUCGGAAGAGAAAGCUACCACCCGGCAGUUCACAAACAACUGCUCUGUCACCAGAAGAGGUCAAGAGUGGAAACACGCCCAAACUAUCACCAGCUAGUCUUCCUCGAGGACGGUCAUCAUCAACUGGUGAACCAUCACUGAAAAAGGAGAAACUAGAUCCUAAUAGUUUGACACCUCAGCAGAAGAAUGCACUUAAAGCCAUGCAAAAGAAGAAAGAGCUUGCUGAUUCGGAUCCUGUGGCAUAUUUCCUGACAUCUCUUGGCGAAGUUCUCGAUAUUCCCGAAGAAGAUGUUGUGAAUGGCAUUUCCAAGAGUCAAAACGGUGGUACCACACCUUCUGGUACUGGUGUUUCUGCUACGGGACCUAAUAAUGGACCUGGUUCUAAUGAGAUGAAAAAGUUGCCAACCUAUCUUGGCCGAACAUCGACAUCUGGGCCAUCUGGAGGAGCUGGUGGUGGAGUGACUCCCAACGCACUUUUACGAACACCGCUGCCAUUUUCAGCUGCCAAAACACCUGGAGCAGUUGCUGGAGGGUCUGGGCUUACUGGUGGUAGUACUAUCAAGCCAGGGUCUACUAAUGACCACCUGACUGGCAGCAGCGAAAGUGGUACUCUCAAGACAUCCAGUUCGCCCAACACAGGUUUGGCACCAGCAUGGACAGGUAAUGUGCAAGCGGUGGCCAUCCGGACGGCAUUUCAGUCUAUUGAAGCGGUUAAAAUAGGCGACAUGCCGUUCCUAGCGAGUCCCAAAGAAGACAAUAAUAAUAACACCACCGCUACGACAUCGUCGUCCGACUCGAGCCACACCUCGGGAGAUUCAGUCUCAUCCAUCGAUGCCACUGCCGUCGACGAGAAAGAGCCGGUUGUACUGCCCAUCGACGGUCUCGACGACGGCAAGCAGCUGAAAUUCGACGGCUGGGACGACCUCUCGGGUGUCAACAUCUGGGACUACGACGACGCGCUGCUCUCCCUCGGCAAAGACGACGCCACUCUGCGAAAAGAGUUCUGGACUGUUUCUACGUGA